AUGCAGCGGUUACUGUGUGAGAAGGUGAUGGCCUCGGAGAACAGUGAGGGCAAGGACACCAGCCAGAGGAAGAUCCUGGUCCUGCUCGAUCUCUUCUGCCUCUUCUUGGCCGGUUUGCCGUUCCUGAUCAUCGAGUCCAGCGCUAUUCGGCCGUACCGCUGCGGCUUUUACUGCAACGAUGAGUCCAUCAAAUACCCAGCCAAGAACGGAGAGACCAUCAGCGAUGGCGUGUUAUCGGCAGCAGGCACCAUCAUUGUCAUCCUCUCGAUCACUAUAGGAGAGAGUUACAGGAUUCACUACCUGCACGAGGGUUCGAACGGCUUCGUGAGGAACCCGUACCUGUCUGCGCUCUAUAAGCAGGUGGGCGUUUUUAUCUUCGGCUGUGCUAUCAGCCAGUCCUUCACCGACAUCGGCAAGGUGUCAGUGGGCCGGCUGCGACCUCACUUCCUGGACGUGUGCAGGCCCGACUACUCCCGGAUCAACUGCUCGCUGGGUUACAUCACUGACUACAUCUGCACCGGGGAGGACAGCAGGGUUCAAGAGGCCAGGAAGUCCUUCUUCUCAGGCCACGCCUCGUUCUCCUUGUACACCAUGCUUUAUUUGGCUCUGUACCUGCAGUCCAGGUUCACCUGGGAAGGGGCCCGACUCCUGCGGCCCCUGGUGCAGUUUACGCUCCUCAUGAUGGCGUUCUACACCGGAUUAUCGCGCGUCUCCGAUCACAAACACCACCCCACCGACGUGCUGGCUGGAUUCGUACAGGGUGCCCUGGUGGCCUACUUCAUGGUUUUUUACGUGUCGGACCUUUUCAAGUCCAAGGACGGAGGUUCUUCCCUCCCGCCAACUCCCAUAAAGAAAGACCUUCUGCAACCGGUGGACAUCAGAGAACGCAACAACCCUCUGGCUUUAGCAUGA